AUGCAUCGGUCGGCCGUGCGUUGCCUUCGGGUACGCAACUUGAUACCUUUUUUAAAAAAGAAUCCGGAUCCGGAAGGUGGGAAAGUACUGUCGAAAGCCGAACAGGAGAAGUUAAAGAGUUUUAUGUCCAUUAUACGUAAGGAAAAGGCAAAGGAUGUCCCGAUAUAUACAGAAACACUUGCGGUUGAGGAAGCUUCAGCCAUUGAGAAAAAGAUCGACAUGGAUUCGAUUCGAGCUCGAGGGUUUUUUUUGUUAUUGAAAUAUCGAUUCAAUUACAAUCCGCCUAACGACUUAGAGCAAAAUAUUGAGAGCACUCUCAAGCAGAUUGACUCAGCGGUUGUAUCAUCCUAUAAAGAUAUAGCGCAAAUUGAUCUUCAGAAAGACCUCAAAUUGAAGUUUAAACUUUUGGAGGCCUUAGGUCAUUUAUACAAUCAUUGGGUUCCAAAUCCUGAACUGCAUCGUAUCGAAACUGUAGCGGAUGUUAUAAAUUUUUACAAGACGCCCGUCAGUAAUUUGACCGUUUAUGCGCAGAUGGCGCGAGACAAGUCUGGCUCUAUUCCAGAAAACUUGCAUAUUAUUGAACAUCCUUUUCGCUUCCACCCUGAAGAUAAAGAUGCGUAUCAUGGAGGUAUAACUGCUUUUCCUGGAAGAGGUGGUGAAGUCUAUGGGUUGAGGAACAAGCGUUUGUAUAGGCAAUUUCAACCUAAAGAACACUGGUUUGACUAUGAGGAUCAGUCUUUUGAUUACACGAGGGUUGAUAAAGAUAUGCCAUGGGAUCCAGCUAUAGCGCAGCGUAUGGAUCGGUUCCCCUAUAAACGGUAUAAUCUGAAGACGAAGAAAUUCCGCGAUGUAAGGCCAGAACGUAAUGCAGUUGUUUCUUGA